ACCCAUUAGUGCAGAAAUGUGGGACAAAAGGGACCUAAUUAUGUUUAUCUAAAUCAUUAAUGUCCUUAUUAAUGUCUUUGUCCAAAUAACUUGUCUUCAAGCCUCCUCUCUUCAACUCUUUUUAAGCUGUUCUUGCCUUCCAUUCCAACUUCCCCCUAGUGCCUGCUGAGUGCUGAUAGUAGCAACUAGCAAAACAGACUGUAAGGGAGCAAGAAGCCAAGCACAGAGUUUCAGAUAUGUCUAGCAGAAGAUCAUCAGAAGCCUCAAAAAUCACUGAAGAUGAGAUUAAUGAGUUAAUCUUGAAACUACAAGCAUUGCUACCACAGCUUAAUCAAAGGCAGGCCUCCAGGGUAUCAGUAUCCAAAAUUUUGAAGGAAACAUGCAGCUAUAUCAGGAAGCUACAAAGAGAGGUGGAUGAAGUGAGUGAAAGACUAUCUCAGUUAGUGGAUUCUGUGGACAUCACUAGGGUUGAUAUAGAUUCCCUUAUUACAAGUAUUAUACAACAAUAAUAUAAGUUUCACUACUCAAUACCCUCUCCUCUUUUCUAUCCAUAUGCUUAUAUAUGGAAUUAUAUAUGAUGCCAGCAUGUAUAUUCCUGUAUUAAUAACUCUAGUAUAUGCUUAAUUUUAUAAAUAUGCAGCUUUUUCUUUUUCUUUUUCUAA